GCAUACGAGAACAGGGUGAAGGAGGACCAGUCGGCUGCGAGGCAGCGCGGCGGUGGCGGUGUGCAGAACGCCUUCCCCAACGCCGACAGGGCCGUCGACCAGUCUCGGAGGCAGCAGGAGGAGAGGCAGCGGCAGAGGGACCGUCAAAGGAGUGCGAGCCGUGCAGCCAGAAGGGAGGCACAAGCGGCAGACAAGGCGGUGAAGACCUACGUCAGCCGAGUGGUGCCCAUGACGAAGGCGGAAGCGGUGGACUACGAGUACUACGCGGAGGCGUCGCCGCCAGACGCUAUAGUGCAGAAGAAGUUCCAAGACGAGACGCGGAUGAAGAUGCUGGAAGUCGCCAAGAUGGUGAUGGGAGCACGCCGAGCGGGCGAAGCAGAGGAUGUGGCGAGAUUGGACACGAAGCUGAGUGUGUACAAGUGCAUGAUGGGCAGCACGAUGCCGACGGAUACACAACUGGCGGAGAUGAAAGCCAAGAGGGAGAAGGCGCUGGAGCGCCUGAGAAACACGAGAGCGCGGAUGCAGAUGUUCGAGGAGCAGGAGUCGGAGAUCCUCCACGAGCUGGGGCGGCUGCAGGAAUACAUCGUGGAGCUCGAGGAGGCGCGUCGAGAGGAGGAGGCCGAGGACCACGUGCGGGGCGUGCACAUGGGUGGUGGCGGGCGGUCGCAGCCGCAGCAGCAGCGGGCAUCCGCUGCGCCUGGCGGUGCGACGGCGGGCCCGCAGCAUGGCGCUGCGGCGGGCGCGUCGCCGACGGACCCAGUCACGGUGAUAAUGCAGCGGAUGAUCAUGCGCAUGGAGCAGCAGGACAGGCAGAUGAACUUCGUCAUGCAG